AUGGAAGAAUUGAAGAGUCAAAGAAUUUGCAUUAAAUUUUGCGUAAAAAAUGAAAUAAAAUGUAACAAAGUAUGUGAAAUGUUACAAAAAGCCUAUGGUGAGUCUGCUAUGAAAAAAACAAGUGUUUACGAGUGGUAUAAGCGUUUCCAAGAUGGCCGCGAAGACGUUGAAGAUGACGAACGCUCCGGUCGACCCAGCACGUCAAUAAUCGAUGAAAAUGUGAAAAAAGUGGAAAAAAUGGUUAUGAAUGAUCGCCGAAUCACAAUUAGAGAAGUUGCUGAUGAAGUUGGCAUAUCGAUUGGUUCAUGUCAUAACAUUUUUUCAAAUGUUUUGGGCAUGAAACGAGUGGCAGCAAAAUUCAUUCCAAAACUGCUGAAUUUUGACCAAAAAAACAAUCGCAUGAACAUCGCUCAGGAGCUGCUAAAUGACGUCAACGACGAUCCAAGUUUACUUGAAAGGGUCAUAACUGGUGAUGAAACCUGGGUGUACGGUUAUGAUGUCGAAACCAAAGCACAAUCAUCCACCUGGAAGCAUUCAACGUCACCAAGAGCGAAAAAAGCACGUCAAGUUCGAUCAAAUGUCAAGGUUAUGCUUACGGUUAGGUUAGGUUUUCUUCGAUUUUAA